GCUGGUUGACUGUAUGGAUCCUGACUGCUGUUUGCAGAGUUCUUGCCAAAACCAGCCUUAUUGUCGUGGACUACCUGAUCCCCAAGAUAUUAUCAGCCAAAGCCAACAGUCUCCGUCACAGCAAGCCGCCAAAGCAUUUUAUGACCGGAUCAGUUUCCUCAUUGGGGCAGACAGCACUCAUGUCAUACCUGGGGAAAGUCCUUUUAACAAAAGUCUUGCAUCCGUCAUAAGGGGCCAAGUAUUAACUGCUGAUGGAACGCCGCUUAUUGGAGUCAAUGUCUCCUUUCUACACUAUCCAGAUUAUGGAUAUACAAUCACUCGCCAAGAUGGAAUGUUUGAUUUGGUAGCAAAUGGUGGUGCCUCCCUGACACUAGUGUUUGAGCGAUCACCGUUCCUGACACAGUAUCACACAGUAUGGAUUCCCUGGAAUGUAUUUUAUGUCAUGGAUACCCUGGUCAUGAAGAAGGAAGAAAAUGACAUUCCUAGUUGUGAUCUGAGCGGAUUUGUGAGGCCAAACCCUGUUAUUGUGUCAUCACCUUUAUCUACCUUCUUCAGAAUUUCUCCUGAAGAUAGUCCUGUCAUCCCAGAGACACAGGUGCUUCAUGAAGAAACGACAAUACCAGGGACCGAUUUGAAGUUAUCAUACUUAAGUUCCAGGGCUGCAGGAUAUAAAUCUGUUCUGAAGAUUACUAUGACCCAGUCUGUUAUACCAUUUAAUUUAAUGAAGGUUCAUCUUAUGGUGGCAGUGGUGGGAAGACUUUUCCAAAAGUGGUUCCCUGCAUCCCCAAAUCUGGCUUACACUUUCAUAUGGGAUAAAACUGAUGCAUACAACCAGAGAGUCUAUGGAUUAUCUGAAGCUGUUGUGUCUGUAGGAUAUGAAUAUGAGUCUUGCUUGGAUCUAACUCUCUGGGAAAAGCGUACUGCCAUUUUGCAGGGUUAUGAACUGGAUGCCUCCAACAUGGGUGGCUGGACGUUGGAUAAGCAUCAUGUUUUGGAUGUUCAGAAUGGAAUUCUCUACAAAGGAAAUGGUGAAAAUCAAUUUAUAUCUCAGCAACCCCCAAUUGUUAGUAGCAUUAUGGGCAAUGGAAGACGUCGCAGCAUCUCCUGUCCAAGUUGUAAUGGUCAAGCUGAUGGUAAUAAAUUGCUGGCUCCAGUUGCCUUAGCUUGUGGGAUAGAUGGCAGUCUUUACGUGGGGGAUUUCAACUACGUUCGGCGGAUAUUCCCAUCUGGAAAUGUAACUAGUGUUCUGGAACUAAGAAAUAAAGAUUUUAGACAUAGCAACAACCCUGCUCACAGAUACUACCUCGCAACUGACCCCGUGACAGGAGAUUUGUACGUUUCCGACACAAACACUCGCAGGAUUUAUCGUCCCAAGUCACUCACGGGUGCGAAAGACCUGACCAAAAAUGCUGAGGUAAUAGGAGGAACAGGGGAGCAGUGCCUACCAUUUGAUGAGGCAAGGUGUGGUGAUGGAGGCAAGGCGGUGGAGGCAACUCUCAUGAGCCCUAAAGGAAUAGCAAUUGACAAGAACGGGUUAAUCUACUUUGUUGAUGGGACCAUGAUCAGAAAAGUGGAUCAGAAUGGAAUAAUAUCAACUCUGCUUGGCUCCAAUGACCUCACCUCAGCACGACCAUUGACCUGUGAUACCAGCAUGCACAUCAGCCAGGUUCGUCUGGAGUGGCCUACAGAUUUAGCUAUCAACCCAAUGGAUAACUCCAUCUAUGUUUUGGAUAACAACGUGGUGUUGCAGAUCACUGAAAACCGUCAGGUUCGCAUUGCUGCAGGGAGGCCGAUGCAUUGCCAGGUUCCUGGAGUGGAGUACACAGUGGGAAAGCACGCUGUACAGACCACGCUGGAGUCAGCAACCGCCAUUGCCGUGUCCUACAGUGGGGUACUUUAUAUUACAGAAACUGAUGAAAAGAAGAUUAAUAGGAUAAGACAGGUCACAACUGAUGGAGAGAUCUCAUUAGUUGCUGGAAUACCCUCAGAGUGUGACUGCAAAAACGAUGUCAACUGUGACUGUUACCAAAACGGAGAUGGCUAUGCUAAAGAUGCCAAACUUAAUGCCCCUUCCUCUUUAGCUGUGUCUCCAGAUGGCACCCUGUACAUUGCUGAUCUCGGAAAUAUUAGGAUACGGGCUGUGUCAAAGAACAAACCCUCACUGAAUUCAGUGAACUUUUAUGAAGUUGCUUCUCCAACUGACCAAGAGCUUUAUAUCUUUGAUAUCAAUGGAACUCACCAGUAUACUGUGAGUUUAGUCACCGGAGACUACCUGUACAAUUUUAGCUACAGUAAUGAUAAUGACAUUACUGCAGUGACAGAUAGCAAUGGGAAUACACUUCGUAUCAGACGGGAUCCCAACCGGAUGCCAGUAAGAGUGGUCUCUCCUGAUAACCAAGUCAUAUGGUUGACGAUAGGCACUAACGGGUGUUUGAAAAGCAUGACUGCACAAGGGCAGGAGCUUGUCUUAUUUACCUACCAUGGCAACAGUGGACUUCUGGCAACUAAAAGUGAUGAGACUGGAUGGACCACUUUUUUUGACUACGAUAGUGAGGGCCGUCUCACAAAUGUUACAUUCCCGACUGGAGUUGUCACUAACCUUCACGGGGAAAUGGAGAGGGCCAUUACAGUGGACAUUGAGUCAUCCAGCAGAGAGGAAGAUGUCAGCAUCACUUCCAACUUAUCAUCAAUUGAUUCUUUCUAUACUAUGGUUCAAGAUCAGUUAAGAAAUAGCUACCAGAUUGGUUACGAUGGCUCACUGAGAAUCCUGUACGCCAGCGGCUUGGACUCACACUAUCAGACAGAGCCACACGUGUUGGCUGGCACCGCCAACCCAACAGUGGCAAAGAGAAACAUGACCCUCCCGGGGGAAAAUGGGCAGAACCUGGUGGAGUGGCGAUUCCGGAAGGAGCAAGCCCAGGGAAAAGUCAAUGUGUUUGGCCGAAAGCUCCGGGUUAAUGGCAGAAACCUCCUUUCAGUUGACUUUGAUCGAACCACAAAGACAGAAAAGAUCUACGAUGACCACCGUAAAUUUCUGCUGAGGAUUGCCUACGACACGUCAGGGCACCCCACUCUGUGGCUACCAAGCAGCAAGCUGAUGGCUGUCAAUGUUACCUAUUCAUCCACAGGUCAAAUAGGCAGCAUACAGCGAGGGACGACUAGUGAAAAAAUAGAGUAUGAUGGACAGGGAAGGAUAGUGUCUAGAGUGUUUGCUGAUGGGAAAACUUGGAGUUACACAUAUUUGGAAAAGUCAAUGGUUCUUCUGCUUCAUAGCCAACGGCAGUAUAUCUUUGAAUAUGAUUUGUUGGAUCGGCUUUCUGCUGUCACCAUGCCCAGUGUUGCUCGUCAUACCAUGCAGACUAUCCGCUCCAUUGGCUAUUACCGGAAUAUAUACAACCCCCCGGAAAGUAAUGCUUCUGUUAUAAUGGACUACAAUGAAGAAGGGCAGCUCCUUCAAACUGCUUUCCUGGGGACAAGCCGAAGAGUAUUAUUCAAGUACAGACGGCAGACCAAGCUCUCAGAAAUUUUAUAUGAUAGUACAAGAGUUAGUUUUACUUACGACGAGACAGCAGGAGUCCUGAAAACAGUAAACCUCCAAAGCGAUGGUUUUAUCUGCACCAUUAGAUACAGGCAAAUUGGCCCAUUGAUUGACAGACAGAUUUUCCGCUUUAGUGAAGACGGAAUGGUAAAUGCCCGAUUUGACUACAGCUAUGACAAUAGCUUCAGAGUGACUAGCAUGCAGGGUGUCAUCAAUGAAACCCCAUUGCCUAUUGAUCUCUACCAGUUUGAUGAUAUCUCUGGCAAAGUUGAACAAUUUGGAAAAUUUGGAGUUAUAUAUUAUGAUAUUAACCAGAUCAUUUCGACAGCUGUAAUGACCUACACAAAACACUUUGAUGCACAUGGCCGCAUCAAGGAAAUUCAGUAUGAAAUAUUUCGGUCAUUAAUGUACUGGAUUACAAUUCAGUAUGAUAACAUGGGACGAGUGACAAAAAGAGAAAUUAAGAUCGGGCCAUUUGCCAACACCACAAAAUAUGCUUAUGAAUAUGACGUAGAUGGUCAGCUCCAGACAGUUUAUCUGAAUGAAAAAAUAAUGUGGCGGUACAACUACGACCUGAAUGGCAACCUCCACUUGCUCAACCCCAGUAGCAGUGCGCGUUUGACGCCACUUCGCUAUGACCUGAGAGACAGAAUAACUCGACUAGGUGAUGUUCAGUACCGAUUAGAUGAAGAUGGAUUUCUGCGUCAGAGGGGUACUGAAAUCUUUGAAUACAGUUCAAAGGGCCUUCUGACUCGAGUUUAUAGCAAAGGCAGUGGAUGGACGGUAAUUUACCGUUAUGAUGGACUUGGACGACGAGUUUCCAGUAAAACUAGCCUUGGACAGCAUCUCCAGUUUUUUUACGCAGACCUUACUUAUCCAACCAGGAUAACUCAUGUUUAUAACCACUCAAGUUCUGAAAUCACAUCUCUCUACUACGAUCUGCAAGGACACCUUUUUGCCAUGGAAAUUAGCAGUGGAGACGAGUUUUACAUUGCAUCAGACAACACAGGGACCCCACUGGCUGUUUUCAGUAGCAAUGGUCUCAUGCUUAAACAAAUCCAAUACACUGCUUAUGGAGAGAUCUAUUUCGACUCUAACCUUGACUUCCAGCUGGUAAUCGGAUUCCACGGAGGCUUAUACGACCCACUGACCAAGCUAGUCCACUUCGGAGAAAGAGAUUAUGACAUACUGGCAGGCCGGUGGACAACACCUGAUAUUGAAAUCUGGAAGAGAAUUGGGAAGGAUGCAGCUCCUUUUAAUUUGUACAUGUUUAGAAAUAACAACCCAGCCAGCAAAAUACAUGAUGUGAAGGAUUAUAUCACAG